AUGGCCGAUAACGACAAGCCCCCCGCGUACGGCGGUCCUCCCCCUCAACACCCGCAACAAGCCUACCAGGGCUACGGCUCUCCGCCACCCCCCGGUGGCCCUGGAGGCUACGGCACCCCUCCGCCCGGACAGUACUACUCCCCGGGUCCGGAGAUGAACUACGGCCACCAGCAGGGCCCCUACCCGCCUCCCGGGCAGUACCCUCCCGGACAAUAUCCUCCCGGACAAUACCCUCCUCAGGGCCAAUACCCACCCCAAGGCCAAUACGGACAACAGUACCCGCCCCAAGGCGGCUACUACCAAGACAACCGUGGCGGCGGCGCGGGUGGCGGCCUCAUGGCCGGUCUGCUCGGUGCGCUCGCGUGCUGCUGCUGUCUCGACUGCUUAUUUUAA